GUGUGAAAUGUAAAACUGGCUGCCACCCAGAGAAUGGAUUUUGUGAAUCUCCCAGUGAAUGCAGGUGUCAACCCGGUUGGCAGGGUGCUCUUUGUAAUCAGUGUGUUCCUUUCCCCGGGUGUUUGCACGGCAGCUGUGCCAAGCCCUGGCAGUGCAUCUGUGAGGAGGGCUGGGUUGGCAGCCUCUGUGACAUAGAUAUUCACCCAUGUUCUGGAAAGCCCUGCACCAAUAACUCAACAUGCAUAGAGACGGGUGAUGGAGGAUAUAGUUGUUUAUGUGCCCAGGGAUUUACAGGAAAAAACUGCCAUCUCAAAAAAGGACCCUGCAUUAUUAAUGGCUCUCCCUGCCAGAAUGGUGGAACAUGCAUAGAUGACAAUGGUUUUGCACCACAUGCUUCCUGUCUGUGCCCUUCUGGUUUUGCUGGCAACUUCUGUGAAAUAGAUAGAGAUGACUGUGACUCUAAUCCUUGUGAAAAUGGAGGAACAUGUACAGAUAUUGGUGUAGGUUUCAGCUGUUUUUGUCCCCAUGGCUAUACAGGAAAGCUCUGCAGCAGCCGUGUCAUAUUCUGUGCAAGUGGCCCAUGUGACAAUGGAGGCACAUGCAGUGAACAUCCCCAGGGAGGAUUUGAAUGCAUCUGUAAACCAGAAUUUGUUGGUUUGACCUGCAAUCAUCCCCGCAAAAACGCAAGCCUCUCUGGGGUGAAGAUGGAGACAAAGCACAUGCAGAAUUACAAGCCACCCCCAAAAGCUCAUCACAGAUCAGUUCAUCACCAACAAGAAAUCCUGAAAAUAACAAUGAAAGAAACAAUCCAAAGCGCAGAUCCCUUGCUCAGUAGAAGCCAGGUGAUAUGUUUUGUUGUACUGGGCUUGCUGACAUGUCUUGUUGUCUUGGGUACAACUGGGAUUGUAUUUUUUUCAAAAUGUGAAAUGUGGCUUGCUAAUGCCAAAUAUAGUCAUCUCCUACGCAAGAAAAAGAACUUUUUUCUGAAAUCUAACAAUGGGGAAAACCUGUCAGUUAAUAUUAUCUUCCCAGAGAAGAUCAAAUUGACUAAUUACACUAAGAACUACACUGCCAUCUAGGCCCUCAAAAGCCCGACAGCAAUUUGCAACUUUUCAUAGCAAUAUGUAAAAGAGAUUGAUUUUAUUGCCUGUGGUUGGCCUCAAUAUUUGUGGGUACAUUUGCUGUAGCUUGUGCUGAGUGAUAAUGAAGAAAUAUAAUGUAUCUGUAUUGCUAAGGAUUUUUUCAUUCCCCAAAAUAAAAGUUAAAAAGGUAUAAAGAGCAGGGAAUGUUAAUUUGAUUUUUUUUUUCAAGACAACUAUUUUUUUUUUUAAAUAAAAGGUAAUUUACCACU